UCACUGGUUCUGUCAGAAGAGUGGCGGGAAAGAGAAGAGCCGCACUACUACCCCCAGCAUCCCCGUCAGCUGACAGCUCGGGUCUCCGGUCGGUGACACCCCAUGGAGCCCGCUCGGCCGCGGGUGGUCGCCCUGGUGGACAUGGACUGCUUCUAUGUGCAGGUGGAGCAGAGGCUGCGGCCGGAGCUGAAGAGCAAGCCGGUGGUGGUGGCGCAGUACAAGACGUGGCGAGGAGGAGGGAUAAUCGCUGUCAGCUAUGAAGCGCGAGCUUUUGGGGUUACCAGGAACAUGUUCGCCAAUGACGCCAAGAAGCUGUGCGCCGAGCUUCAGAUCGCCCGCGUCCGAGAGGCUCAUGGGAAGGCCGACCUGUCAAAGUAUCGGGAGGCGAGCGUGGAAGUCAUGGAGAUCAUGUCCCGAUUCGCUGUGGUGGAGAGAGCGAGCAUCGACGAGGCGUAUAUCGACCUGACCGACACCGUACAGGGGAGGAUACAAGAGAUGGCGGGCCGCCCCAUACCGCCGGGGUCACUGAAGACCACCCAUGUGCAGGGCUACCCCCACCUCAACCCCACCGAGCAGAGCAGCCUGACCAGAGAGGAUCAGCGGCGCCUUGGGGUGGAGCAGUGGCUAAAUUCCCUGGACACGGGAGACCCUCAGAGCCCGGAGCUGCAGCUGACGGUGGGCGCCAUCAUUGUGGAGGAGAUGAGAGCGGCCGUGGAGGCAGAGACCACGUUCCAGUGCUCGGCCGGGAUCUCGCACAACAAGGUUCUGGCAAAGCUGACGUGUGGACUGAAUAAACCCAACCGCCAAACCGUCCUGUCCCAGAGCGGCGUCCCCGGACUGUUCAGCCAGCUACCCAUCGGGAAAAUACGCCAUCUUGGAGGUAAACUUGGCGACUCUAUUAAGGAGCUCCUGGGGGUGGAGUACAUGGGGCAGCUGAUGGCGUUCAGUGAAUCCGCUCUUCAGAGCCACUUUGGAGAUAAGACAGGCUCAUGGCUUUACCUCCUGUGCCGCGGCAUUGAAGACGAACCUGUGAAGCCCAGACAGUUACCCAAAUCCAUCGGCUGCAGUAAGACCUUCCCUAGGAAGACGUCUCUGUGCACUCAGGAUCAGGUGCAGUUCUGGCUUCUGCAGUUGUGUCUGGAGUUAGAAGAGCGGCUCAAGAAGGAUCGAGAGAUGAAUCACAGAGUGGCCAAACAGCUGACCGUAGGGUUUCAUCGCCAGGGUGACCCUAGCGGCCUGUCCCGGGUCUGUGCCCUCAGCCGCUAUGACGCCCAGAAGAUCAGCAGCGACGCCUUUAUCCUCCUGAAAAGCUUCAAUAAAGCGGGGGCCCAACAGGCUGCUUGGUCUCCUCCCCUCACUCUGCUCCAGCUUUCUGCAAGCAAGUUCUCUGAGACAGCAGCUUCUGGAGGAGACAUUGCAAGUUUACUGAGCAAGGAGGCACCCGGGACCCAGAAGCCUCAGACCUCACAGCUGUCCCCCAGCAGAAUCAUCUCCCCCAAAAAGCUGCGAGAUGUGGGGAGCCGGACACCCAGCACCAUCCACAUGUUAUUCCAGAGAGCGGCAGAGAAGAAGAGAGACCCCGCAGGUGAAGCAGCAUGUAGUGAAUCCCCCUCUACGCCCCUGUCCCCAGGUACACAGGCCGUGCUGAGUGAAUCUAGCCACCCCUGUUCUCCGGAGUUGUCUGCAGCGGCCUCGUCCUGCAGCAGCUCGGAGGUCCAGCCUCCGACCUGUGAUGAGGACAUGGUGGUCUGUGAGACGUGUCAGCAGCCCAUCCUGGUGUGGGACCUCCCGGAGCACAACGAUUACCACUUUGCUCAGGAAUUACAGGACUCGUUUUCUGCUCCUCGUCCUGACACAGCGAGGGCGGCCAUGACACCCACCAGUCACAGACUGAAGAGCAAAGCUAAAAACGUGGUGACUCCAAGUGCCAAGCGUGCCCGUAGCGAGGGCAACCGCACGCUGGACGCGUUCUUCAGACGUGACCCUCAGUGACCGCAUCCUGCUUUUGUUCCAGCUUUGUCUGUUCUUGAGAAAGCUGGGUGCUGAUCCUAUGGCUGCCAUCACAGCACCCCAGAGUGGCUGAUCCUAUUUCAGCCGUCGCUCUAAUGAUGGCCAGUGGAGUUGUCACCCAGAAGCCUGGAAAAGCUGUAGGUGCUGCCAUGGAGUGUUUCCUGCACAGUGAAGGGCCCCUCCAUUCUAGAUGUUAGUGGGGUCCCUGCCGUCAGAGCCCCCACUGACAGCUGGUCUGAGUAUUGUAUGCGGCACUAUAAUAGCCGCUCCUCAUCUUUUGGAGCUUGGGCUUCGCACUUUAUAUCGGAGAUCUGAUCCUCUGCUGCUUCUAACCAGAUAGAGACUGUUCAUUACCCGGCAGUGAAAUCUUGACUGCCGCUCCUCCUCCACCUGUGAUGUCCUGCACUGCCGACAUUCUGACUGCCGC